AUGUCUACCGAUCUCCCUCUCCCCACGACCGCCCUGCAUUCCAAUGUCUCCCAGGGGCACGAGAUCAUUACCUCAUCACACUCAUCAUCGGUACCUCUAACCUCUCGUCGAUUCAACAGUCUGCCUUCACAUCGUCGGGCAAACACUGAAUACAUCGCACGUCCCCCUAUUUUUGAAGAAGACCUCGAAGACUCGUACGAAAACCAAACGAUCCGAUCAACAACACCCUCUUGGACCGGUACAUUCCCCAAAAAGAAUAUCGAAGCUCGAGCCCGGAUCCUGUCAGAUUGGUUCCAAGGAAACUCAAAACCAGUCGAUUUGGGAAUCAAAAUACGUCCGGGAAACGAAACCGAUAUGUCCGCCACAGAGAGCCCGCGUUCGACCGCGACGUCACAUUCUCGAAAGGCCUCGACCACAACAGCCACAGGCCGGUUUAACACGCUAUUUGGCCUCAGGCGGCAGGCAGAACAGAAACCGGUACCCCCAGAGCCUGCAGAUGACGAGUUUCUGAACUUGGAUAUCGACGCAGCCCUUUCUAUGCAAACUGCAGACGCCAACAGUGAUGAUGCCCUCGAUAUCCUCCGUGAACAAGCAAGCGAUGUCCUGCAACGCAUGCAGGAGGCAUAUAAACAAAGAACUUUUAUCAUGCACCAAGCCAUGGCAGAUCGGACCGCGAGACUCGAGGAACUUGGUGAAACUCGGGCACGCGUAGAUCAUUUGAAGACACAGUUAGACGGUAUGGCUGCAAAGGUGAUGAGCCAAGAGAAAGCCAUGCAGGCCAUGGCAGAGGAGCUGGAAGAAGAGAGACGUCUGCGUCAACAAGAAGAGAACCGCAACCGCAACCGCACCAUCCGCUCGAUUCCUGCGGAUGAAGAUAUACCAUCCAUGGCGCUCCAAACUCCUCAUCGUGGUGGAAAGCGUGCUAGCCAUGGCACAUUCACCAGUGACUCUGGCUUUGAGUCGGGAGAUGAAAGUGUCGCCGAUAGUAUAUUUUCCCACCGGGAGGGCGUUGAAUCACCAACAUCUACACUCACGGCCCCAUCGCCGAAUUUAUCACAAGUUGUUCUCUCUACCCCGACCGUUGGACCAACACCCACUCCAACCAUUCAGAAGAACCUAGUUGCCGCUACCAAUACACCGACACCAAAGGGUCCCUCGGCAUAUGACCGAGUCAUGAAGGGUAUCGCUUCCACGCGGCUGGGUAGUUCGUUCGUUGCGAGCCCCAACUCCAACCAAUGUAAAAAUUGCUAUGGCGUGCCUCCCCAUGAAGCAUGGAGCGUCAUGGGUGUCCUGAAGGAUGAAAAUCGUGGUCUCAAGACACGAGUUGGAGAACUUGAGUUGGUGGUUGACGACUGUCUUGGUCUUGUUGGCCCUUGA